AUGCGCGCCUUCACUCUCUCUCUCGCCGCCGUUGCCCUCGGGCUCGCCAGCGCUCACACCUACCCCAAUUGCGAGUCGGACAACUGCUACCGCAAUCUGAUCGACGAGCGCUUCAAGGAGGACGCCAAGUCUUUCUGCUUUGAGUUCCUCGCCGGCACCACCACCGCUCCGUCGGCCAUCCCCACCCAGUUCAACAACUGCGACUCCAACGUCAAGGCUGUC